CUCCGAGUUAUUCAAGCAGAACAGGAUUAGUAAGCCUAAUGGCUCACUCCAAAUCUGAACAGACAAGACGGGUUCGCAAGUUCGACUACUUGCUCAUAAUCCGCACAAUAAAUCAACAAAAUGUCUUUCCAUAUCUCAUUCACAAUUCAUGCAUUUCCAACUUCAUACCAAAUGCAGAUAAUGAAUAAACACAAACAAGCCAUAUCACAUAGCCAUAUCAUUUCCCAUAAAUUCCCAUAUUAUACCGGAGCCUCUUCAUGACCCCGAUAUGUAUUCGGGCCGCUUCAUGACCCGAAUACUGUGAUUAUGUUGAGGUAGAUCUAAGAUUAGAAUCUACUCACAG